UCUAUCCAUUUUUGUAAUUCUAUGCACUCUUCGUAGAAGAGAAGUGAAGAAAAUAAACAUCCCAAAUGAGCAAGAAAUAGAAAACCAGAAUAUGUUUGCAAUAUGGAACUUCGAUGGUAAAAUGGUGUACGAGAACAUCAUUGAAGCAACCGAGGAGUUUGACUCCAAAUAUUGCAUUGGAGAGGGAGGAACCGGGAGUGUUUACAAGGCAGAGUUAAGCACUGGCCAAGUUGCUGCUGUGAAGAAGUUUCAUGCAAAUAUAAAUGAUGAUGAUCAUCAGAAGUCUCAAUAUCUCAAAGCAUUUACUAGUGAGAUUCAUGCACUAACACAAAUACGACAUCUUAACAUCGUGAAGCUAUAUGGAUUCUGUUCACAUCGAAGGCACUCGCUUUUGGUUUACGAGUUCAUAGAAGGUGGAAGCUUGCGAAAUGUACUCAUGAACAAUGAUGAAGAAGCGAGAGCUUUUGGUUGGAACAAAAGGGUAAAUGUUGUGAAAGGUGUGGCAAAUGCAUUAUCUUAUAUGCACCAUGACUGCUCACUGCCCAUAAUCCAUCGAGAUAUAUCAACCCAAAAUAUUCUGCUGAAUGCAGAGCAUGAUGAAGCUCGUGUUUCUGAUUUUGGGACUGCCAGACUUCUCAACCCUUACUCGUCCAAUUGGACUUCGUUUUUCGGAACUUUUGGAUAUGCUGCUCCAGAACUUGCUUACACAAUGGAAGUGAAUGAGAAAUGUGAUGUGUAUAGCUUCGGAGUGGUGAUGUUGGAAACACUUAAAGGGAAGCAUCCAGGAGACCUCAUUUCAUCUCUCUCAUCGUCAUUGUCCUUACCAUCAUGUGCAACCCCAGUUUAUGAUCAAGUAGCAAUAAUUGAUCUUUUGGACCAGCGCUUACCCGCUCCUACGAAUGAAGAAGCUGGGGAAGUGCUUUCUGUUAUCAAGAUAGCAUUUGCAUGCUUGCUUAACACUCCACAAUCUCGUCCAACAAUGAAACAAGUUGCUCAGGAGCUCUCGACUCAAACCCAUCAUUUGUCAAAGCCAUUGUCUUUGGUUUCCUUAGGAGAGCUAUUUGGUCUCAGUGAUUCUACUUCCUAA